CAUUGGAGUGUCAAACAUUGUUGGUAUGGCAAUUCAAUGAGGAAUUGGCAAGAGAGCAUAAACAGACUGGUACCCAGGCUAUGGAGCAGGUGUACCGGAAGAAGGAAUUUCCCGCUCUUUUUCUCUUAUUUCAUUACUGUCGUAGUCAAUUACAUUUUCACCAUGUCUCCUGCACUCUUCAACGCUCUGUUUAUUCUGCUCAUAUUCCUCCCUAAUGGGCUCUCUCAGUUGGUGAGAACACAGCAGGUUGUCACAGCAACCCUGGGAGAAGAUGCAGUAUUAAACUGUGAACUCAUGAAACCCAAAGAUGUGCGGGAAGUAACCUGGCAAAAAGUGACAACUGGGACGAAUGAAAAUGUGGCCACUUACAGCAAACGAGGUCCCGAUGUCAAUGUACGUUUUCAGGGGAAAGUGGAGUUUGAAGACGAGGGACUGCAGAACUGCUCUAUUGUCAUCAGAGGAGUGUCAAGAGGAGAUGAGUCCUGCUACAAGUGUCUGUUUAACGCCUAUCCAGAUGGACCUAUCAGUGGAAGGACGUGCCUCCAAGUCCAUGAGCUGUAUGGACCCUCACUCCUCAUCAUACAAACCAACAACAGUCACACCACUCUGUCCUGUUCUGCUACUGGACGACCUGUUCCUAUAGUAACCUGGGAUGACAUAAUGAUAGAACAUUCCACCAUGGUUGGUGUCACCCAUCCCAAUGGAACUGUCACUAUGACAACUACUGCAACAGUGGUAGUGUCCAGUCUAACUGACAAAGAAGUUAGGUGUGUUGCUUCUAUGUCCUUCAGUGAUGUCACCAAGAAUGCUUCCGUGGUGAUUCCAGCUUCAAUUACUGGUGAGAAAUGUCUAUAGAUCAAUGUGUAAUAUAUUGACAUGAUCAGGAACAUGAUGUCAUGAUGAAGUACUGUCUGUGUUCAUGAUGAAGUUAAUGUGUUCAUGAUGAAGUACUUUCUGUGUUCAUGAUGAAGUACUGCCUGUGUUCAUGAUGAAGUACUGUCUGUGUUCAUGAUGAAUUACUGUCUGUGUUCAUGAUGAAUUACUGCCUGUGUUCAUGAUGA